AUGAGCUUUCAUUAUAAUGGAAUCUUUCCUAUUUGGUCAAACAAAACAGCGCUUAAACAUUCUCGGCAUCUUUUAAAUAUUCCAGGGUUUUACUACCGUUAUGGCCAGUUAGGGUUCUAGCAUGCCCUGGCGGAAGGUCGUGCUCGUGCGCGGCGCCUCGAUCGUCUCUCGCGAUUUCAGCACCCGGCUCGCUCCAGGUAAGGCCAAGCGAUCCGGCAGGCACAGCACAUUCUUCGACAAUCGGCGCCAGCAGCAAGGCAAAUCGGCAUUGCCCGGCGGCCUCGACAAUGCGCUGGUGUGGAUCGACAGCCACCAGCAGGAGGAUUGCGCCCCGGCCUACGGGAAUCUACUGCGAGAUUGCGGCGAGCUUGCGGCGGGGAAGAAGAUCCACGAGCACGUCGUCAAGAACGGGUACUACGAGAAUGUCUACGUUGGGAACCAUCUGGUGCAAAUGUACUCCAAGUGUGGGAGCUUGGAGGACGCAAAGAAGGUCUUUGAUGGGAUGCGGAGGAGGGAUUCCAUCUCCUGGAGUAAGAUGAUCGCUGGAUACGUGAGGCACGGGCUCGCAAGAGAAGCGAUCAAGCUCUACAAGGCCAUGGCGAUCGAUCCAGACGGGUUUACGUUCUCGGCCGUGCUCAACGCCUGCUCGAGCUUGGGUCCGCGAGCUCUGGAAGUUGGCAAGGAGAUCCAUGCACACAUGAAGAGGAUCUGGCUCAAGCCGGAUGUUUUCGUGGACUCGGCUCUGGUGACGAUGUUCGCCAAGUGUGGGAGCUUGAAGGAGUCGAGGGAGGUGUUUGACGACUGCCGCUGGAAGGACGUGCUCUUCUGGAACAGCAUGAUCGUGGCGUACUCGCAGAGCGGCCAUCCCCGAGAAGCCAUCGAGCUGUUCAAGAGCAUGGGAUCGUCGUCGCCGCCGGUGGAGCCAAACGCGAUCACUUACACGACGGUGCUGGCUGCGUGCUCGGCUGUGGAGGAUCUGGAGCAGGGGAAGGAAGUCCACCGGCAGAUGGUGGACGCUGGCUUCCAGUUCGACGCCGCUGCUGAAAACUCCCUCGUCAACAUGUACGCAAAGUGUGGGAGCAUCACGGAAGCUCGCGAAGUCUUCGACGGGAUGAAGCAGCGGACAGUGGUCUCCUGGACUGGGAUCAUCAGCGCUUACGUCCGGAAGGGCCACCCUCGCGAGGCGCUGGAUCUCUACCGGAAGAUGGGGUCCGAGGGCGUGGAGCCGAAUGGGAUCACGUUUGCCAGCGUCCUCAGCGCGUGCUCCAGCUUGGGAGCUCUCGAAGAAGGCAAGGCCGUCCACGCACAGAUGAAAGCCGCGGGUUACAAACCGGACUUGGCGGUGGCGAACGCGCUGGUGAGCUUGUAUGGGAAGUGCGGCAGCGUCGACAGCGCCCGCAAAGUCUUCGACAGGAUGAAGAUCCGGAACGUGGUUUCCUGGACCGCGAUGAUCUCCGCCUACGCGCAUCACCGGCACAGCGAGGAGGCGAUCCAGCUCUACAAAGCCAUGGACGUGGCUCCCAACGCCGUCACCUUGGCCAGUGUCUUGAGCGCCUGCGCCAGCCUCGGCAAUGCGGAAGAAGGCCGGGCCGUCCACGAGAAGCUGGCUUCCACCACCACGGGCCUUGCGACGGACGAGGUGCUCCAGAACGCUCUGCUCAACAUGUACGCCAAGUGUGGUGACGGAGACGCGGCCAGGAAGAUCUUCGAUGCCAUGGCUGUGAAGGACGCGGUCUCCUGGAGCGCCAUGAUCUCGGCCUACGUCCAGCAAGGUGUCACCGACUUGAGCCUCGCGAAGUCUCUCCACUCGCAAGUAACCUCCGCCGGUUUCCACACUGACAGCGUCGUUCAGACGUCCCUCGUCAACCUCUACGCUCGGUGUGGGAGCUUGGGCGAUGCCAGGAGCGUGUUUGCCGAGAUGGAGGUGAGAGACACCAUGUCCUGGAGCACUCUCAUCGCCGCCUACACGCAGCACGGCCGGGGUGGCGAGGCCGUGGAGAUGUGCCGGAGCAUGGAGCUGGAAGGCGUCCAGGCCAGCAGCUUCAUCUACGGGACGGUCCUCACGGCGUGCUCGCAGGCGGGGCUGUUGGAGUCGGCGCGGCACUACUUCGGCUGCUUGACGAGGGACUGCGGCGCGCCAGCCAAGUUGGAGGACUACGUGUGCAUGGCGACGGUGCUGGGCCGGGCGGGCAGGCUGGCGGAGGCUGAGGAGCUCCUGGCGGUGAUGCCGUUCGAGGCCGAGUUCGUGGCGUGGAUGGGCUUGCUGGCGGCUUGCAAGGCACACAACGAUGUCGAGCGCGGGGCUCGUGUGGCCGAGGUGCUCUUCCGCCUGGAGCCGCUCAACGAGGCGCCGUAUGUGCUGCUGUCCAACAUUUACGUGGCGGCAGGGAGGCAGGAGGAGGCUGCUCGCGUCAGGAGGAAGAUGGGAGACGUGAUUGCGGCAGCGGGAUCUGGGGAAUCGAUUAUCGUAAGUUAAGCGAGCGGUGGCAUGCGUUUCACGUGUUGUCUCGAAUCUCGGCUGCGGCAGACACUGUCAAAGAUCUCGACGCUGGAAAACCUCUCUGUCUGUAUAGUAUAAUAUUUUUUUGCUGGGGGACUGUCCGGUCCAGUCCAGUCUAGUAACACGGGCUUGUUUUAUGCUCCAGGAAAACUUCGGUGUCAAACCUGGAAACUUUCAGUGUCAAUACACACAGUUUUAAUCGACAA